AAUAGCUCGAUUUGCAGACUCUCUGAAGCUCCGGCCAGUCAGUUUCUUAAUCCCCUGGGUUUUAUUUGUUUAUUUGAGAGAUGGACAAGAGCCUGCCAAGUAUAAAGAAAUGGGUUGUGAUGUAUCCGGUUUAUAUCAAUUCGAAGAAAACUGUGGCUGAAGGGAGGAGAAUAGCUAUUGAGAAGGCGUGUGAGAAUCCGACUUGUGCUGAGAUUGGGGAUUGCUGCACCCAUUUCAAAAUUCCUUUUGCAAUUGAGAUAGAUAAGGCUUAUCCACGUGAUUUCUUUCAAAGAGGGAGAGUGAGGGUAUUGCUCAAAAAGGAUGAUGGAACUCCAUUUAAUCCUGCCAUUGCUACUAGGAAGCAGCUGAUGCUUCGAGUUGCUGAGUUGGUUCCUAGACAUCCUGGUAGGACCAAGAAGCAGGAGCCAGCAUCCACAUCUAAUGCGUCUUCCAAACCUGGGAAGCAUGGGAGGAAAAAGAGAUAGAAGCCAUUGUAAAAUCCCUGUUUUCAUGUGUUCACUUUUGUCCGCAUAGACAUUCAGAUGGUACGGCUAGUUUAUGUUGGAAAUACGUGGACAAAGAUGUGGUAUUUGUUGAGGAUGUUUUAUUUGAUUUGGGUAGAGCAUUCCCUUGGACUGGGAAGUUACUGAUACUGCUUUGUUCAUUUUUUGUGUUCACCAAAAGAAGAGUAGAGGGGUGAAUUAACGUA